CAAAGCAGAAAGCACAUGAUCGAUCCUGAAAACAUCUUGGAUGGGAUUUAUUCAGCGAGCUUCAAGACAGCUGGCUCAGUUGUUCUGUAAGGAAAGACUAGUGAUGUCUUCGUCGCAAAAGCCUGAUCUAGACUGGGAGUCUCGUUGGAAAGACGGCCGGACGGGAUGGCAUCGCGAUGAAGUCAACGAUCGCCUAGUCCAGUAUCAUGGUCGACUGCUGGAAGGUGCGAAUGCCGAGAAGAAAUUGAAUGUGUUUGUACCUCUAUGUGGAAAAACGGUUGACAUGCUGUGGCUAAAUGAGCAAGGUCAUCACAUUUCCGGUGUUGAUCUUGUGAGACAAGCACUGGAUGACUUCGUUUCCGAAAACAAGCUGACCUCGACAGUAUCUUCCGUGAAAAAUGGUGACGGAGAGGAGGUAACCCUUAUCAAGGCUGGUGAAAACGACUGCUUUUCUUUGUUUCCGUCGGACUUGUUCAAAGUAGAUUGCACUGCUCUUGGUCAGGUUGAUGCUGCCUGGGAUAGAGGUUCCUAUGUAGCACUGAGUCCAGAGAUUCGUCCACGUUAUGCAGAGAACAUGGCGGCUGUGAUCAAGCCAGGCGGUCGUGUGCUGAUGGAGGUCUAUGACUAUGUGCAAUCUGAACAUGCUGGACCACCAUUCUCUACUCCCAAUGAUGAAAUCACCAGCGCCUUUGGCAAGAACUUUACCAUUGAGAUUAUGCAAACUGAGGAUGCUCUCGAGUACAUUAAACUACGUUUCCCGAUCACCACACGCUUUGAUCGCAGCAUGGUCUUGUUGGUACGCAAAGCAAACUAGGCUGGGAUGGAUCUGCUGAUGCCCCACAAGCUCUGUGUCACGUACAGCUGAGCAAAGACAUGUACACACGGUGGGCUUGAUCAUAUGAUUGUGUGUGUACAUGUAUUGCUGUCGUCAAGGGACGCGGUGUGUGCAGUUGGAUCGUGCAGCUGAUGCCCUGGUGCUGUUUGCAUCGUACACUCGCACGUUCACCGCGGUGUGCUGAGAAUGCAGAGACUGAACCAUUGGGCAUGCUGCCAAGCCACACUGGAGUGAUUUGAAGGUACAGUACCAUUGAGUGCUUGCUCAAUGUACUACCAUUGAGUGCUUGCUCAAUGUACUACCAUUGAGUGCUUGCUCAAUGUACUACCAUUGAGUGCUUGCUCAAUGUACUACCAUUGAGUGCUUGCUCAAUGUACUACCAUGGCCUAGCAUGUCUUAUACCAAUCUUCUCUCUUCUGCCUGUUGUAAUUUAUUACCGGGUUGUGCCAUUGCUUACAAUUCUGCAUCACUUUUUUUCGCUCACUUCAUUAUUUCCUUCUAUGAUUAGUUAGUGGCAGUUUCGUUUUUGCCCUUUUCUUGCAAGUAUGACAUUGUUCUUUCAGGACACGGCCUUUAUUAUGAUCAUGAUUAUUCGUAGUAUUCACUUACCUGUCCGUGUCAGCGGCGAUGGUUAGCUUUUAGUGCACAUGCACUAGUACUUUAAGUAUUUUCUACCGAG